AUGUCUAACUUUACAACCUUCGUCAAUAUUGGUGGCUCUAACAUUCCUAUCACUGCCACACAACAAAACAUAGAGGUCGCGUCAGUCAUUAAAUUUAAGCCUUUUGAAGAUUGGGUUUCUAGUUUAUCCAAAGAAAUUUUUGCUGUAGAUAAGAAAGAACUUGAAAUUAAUAAAAUCGAAAUUCAAAAUGUCGAUUUUUUUGGUCCAAAAAUUGGAUUCAUUAAAUUCAAAGUAGGCGCAAAACUUAUUGAAAAUGGAAAAAGUGUACCUGGAAUUGUUUUUAUGAGAGGUGGCUCAGUUGCGAUAUUGUUAAUUCUUCGAUCUAAAGGUCCAUAUGAUCAAACUUUAAAGGAGCAUGUUGUUAUUACUUAUCAACCACGCUUGCCCGUCCCGUCAUUAAAUUUUCCUGAGAUACCUGCAGGAAUGCUCGAUGGGUCAGGCAAUUUCGUCGGAAAAGCUAGUGAAGAAAUUAAAGAAGAAACAGGUAUUGAAAUAAAAGAUCAAGAUCUUAUCGAUUUGACGGAAUUGGCUUAUGGAGAUAAGUACAAAGGUGCAUAUCCAUCACCCGGUGGCUGCGAUGAAUUCUUAAGAUUAUGUUUAUGUGUUAAGGAGAUGGACCAUAAGGAUGUUAAAAGCUUAGAAGGUAAACUUUGUGGAUUACGAGAUCACGGUGAAAGCAUUAAAGUUGGGUUGGUGGAAUUAGAUCAUCUAUGGAAAAUUCCCGAUAUGAAGGCAUUAUCGGCCCUAACUUUGUAUGAUGUCUUAAAAAAGAACG